AUGGAGAUCCCCGUCGAGACGAAAAGAGUAUCGUUGGAUGCCCUGAGGCAGCACAACACGGCCACAGAUUGUUGGAUAGCUGUUCAUUCAAAGGUUUGGGAUAUUACGCACUUUGUCAAUGAGCAUCCAGGUGGCCCAGAAGUCCUCUUAAAUCUUGCUGGCUCUGAUGCCACCGAACUCUAUAACGAUGUACAUGCGCCGGAUAUUAUCGAACAGCUCUCGGAUGACAAGUUAAUGGGACUCCUUGAGGAAUCUGCAAUCAACCGCCCAGCCGAACCACUAGCUGUCGAGGAUCCUGCACCCCCAAGCUCACCAGAUAAGACGAAUGACCUCUCAGAAACACCAAAGAGCAGAACGGCUCCUCCUCUAGACUCGAUCCUUAGUGCGCCCGAUUUUGAAAAGGCAGCACAGCAUACACUGACGGCGAAGACGUGGGCUUUCUACUCUUCGGCAGCGACAGAUCUAGUCACCCACGGCAAGAAUAAAGAGCUAGUUAGGAGAGUGAUGAUCAGGCCUAGGAUCUUGAGAAAUGUCACAAACAUCAACUUCAAGACAAAUAUCCUGGGUUUUGAUAGCAGUGCGCCAUUCUUUAUUUCUCCCGCAGCCAUGGCAAGACUUGCCCACCCGGAUGGUGAGCUAGCUCUCAGUCGAGCAGCGGCCCAACAGGGUAUUAUUCAAUGCAUCUCAAGUAAUGCCUCCUUUUCGUUGAAGUCAAUCGUCCAAGCAGCUCCAUCAUCACAGCCAUUCUUCUUCCAACUUUAUGUCAAUUCUAACCAUGAAAAGACGGUUGAGCUGCUGAAGACCGUGAAAGAUCUUGGCGUGAAGGCGAUAUUCGUGACAGUGGAUGCCCCAGUUCCUGGUAAGCGAGAGGCCGACGAGAGAGCUGCCCAGGAACAAACCAUCAAAUCCGCCAUAAGUGGUGGCGAAAGCAGCAAAGAUAAGAAGGGCAGUGGUUUUGGUCGUCUUAUGGCGCAGUAUAUCGAUAAGUCGCUCUCCUGGGACGAUUUAUCAUGGAUCCGUGAGGCAAGCGGUGGACUACCAAUUGUUUUGAAAGGUGUCCAAACUGCCGAAGAUGUUGUGAAGGCUGCUGAGUACGGGGUCGAAGGUGUGCUACUGAGCAAUCACGGUGGACGCUCUUUGGAUGGCGCCCAAGCGAGCAUCUUGGUCUUGUUAGAAUUGAGGAAGAACUGCCCACAGAUAUUUGACCAGCUCGAGGUGUAUAUCGAUGGUGGUUUCGAGCGAGGCUCUGAUAUUCUUAAGGCCAUUGCGCUUGGAGCCACUGCAGUCGGAAUCGGUCGGCCGUUCUUAUACUCCCUUAUCCAUGGGCAAGACGGCGCGGAGCAUCUCUGUAAUAUUCUCAAGGACGAGCUCGAGACUUCCAUGAGGCUUUGUGGUAUCACUUCUUUGAGUCAAUCCACGCCUAGCCUAAUAAAUUCAUUAGACAUAGAUCAUCUUGUGGUUGGGGAUGAGUGUACAACAAGAACGAGGAGGCGUAACUUAUCUAAGCUGUAG